AUGCCGCUAAUCAACGAUUCCAAAACUAAUCAAGAUAGUCCUGAUUCAGAUAAUCGAAUUUAUCUCUCGCUGAGUGCUUUGGCCAACGGUACACGCCGUCGCUGCAGCGCUCAGGACGACUGGCAGUCGCCACUGAGGCUACCCAAGCCGCCGAAACAACCCACCAACCUCGCGCAGAGCUGUCCCACGCCGCCGCACACCAGGAGAAGAUUCUUCCUCAGCCCGAAGUCGCUGCGCAGUCCGUUCGGGCAGCGCGCGCGGCACUCGCACGACAGCCAUGUGCCGCUCUCCGGGUUGCCAGAGGAAGGUCCGAGGAGUGCUGCGUGGCACAGCUUGGUGUUCAAUAAGAUCAGGUCGCUGUGGACGGCACACUCGUCUGUGCCGCAAGGCCUCAACCAACUGACAGGCACGGAUCUAAAAUUUGUCGGAAUGUGGACUGUAUUCCGUGCCUUCUACGGCCGCGUCAAAUUAAUUUUGAUUUAUGCCACCGACUACGCUAAUACGGCAUUAAAAUUCAAAAAUAAUUACCGUUGA